GGCUAAAAUCUUCGAGUCUCCGACCCGUUGUCCCGUUGAUCAUUUUGCACUAAAAACCAAGAUGGAUGACCUCGAGGUGGAAGUUUGCGGCGACAACGGUGCUUAUUACAAGGCCUUUGUUACUGAUGUCUUUGAAAAAGAAGUUUCAGUGGCAUUUGAAAAUGAGUGGCAACCGGAAUGCAAGUUUGACUUUGAGAUGGUGCGGCUACCGCCCGGGGAGCCUGUUGACAAGGUGUUCACGGAGAACCAGGAGGUGGAGGUUCACUCCCGGGCCAACGAGCAGGAGUCUUGCGGUUGGUGGCGGGCUAUCGUCAAGGCAAGGAUGAUCAAAGGUGACUUCCACGUCGUGGAGUACCUAGGAUGGGAGAGUACUUACACUGAAAUAGUCCCUCCUGAGAGAUUGAGGCAUAAGAACAGCAAUCCUCCGAUAGAUGCCAACACCUUCCACAAGUUUGAGAUUGAGGUGCCUGAGGAUCUUAGAGAAUACGCCAAGAUGGAUAAUGCUCAUAAGGAGUUCAUGAAGGCAAUCAAUGCAUGUAUCUGCCGCUACGUGGCAGAUAAGGGAGUUCUCAGUGUGAUCUCACGGUCAGAACACUCAAAGAAGCGAGCAAGCAUGAUCCAGGAGAUGCACUUCCGUAAUCUGAACCAAAAAGUGCUGCUGCUCAAAAGGACUGAAGAGGCUGCACGGCAACUAGAGUCAACAAAACUGCAAAACAUUGGAGGCUACUCAGAUGAGUUCCAUGUGAGGGACGACCUGAUGGGUUUGGCCAUCGGAGCUCAUGGUGCCAACAUUCAACAAGCUCGUAAGGUCGAUGGCAUCACCAACAUCGAACUUGAGGAGAACUCCUGCACGUUUAAAAUCUAUGGAGAGACAAGUGAAGCAGUCAAGAAAGCAAGGACUAUGCUUGAAUACAGUGAAGAAUCUUUGCAAGUACCUCGCAACCUCGUUGGCAAAGUAAUAGGCAAGAAUGGAAGGAUUAUUCAAGAAAUAGUGGACAAAAGUGGUGUGGUGCGUGUUAAGAUAGAAGGAGACAACGAGCCCCAACCCACCAUCCCCCGGGAAGAGGGUCAGGUCCCUUUUGUUUUUGUUGGCACUGUCGAGGCUAUUAGCAACGCCAAAGUACUUUUGGAAUAUCAUCUAGCACAUUUAAAAGAAGUAGAGCAGCUUAGGCAAGACAAGUUAGAAAUUGAUGCACAAUUAAGGAAUAUACAUGGUGUAAAUAUGGGCUCUAUGCAAAGCUUUCCAAUCCAAAGGCGUAAUGAUAGAGGCUACAACUCGGACAUGGAGAUGGGUGGAGGUAGAGGACGAGGAGGGAUGAUGCGUGGCAGAGGGAGGGGUGGAAGAGGAGGUGGUGGUCGACACAACGACUCACGGUUCAACUCUGGUUCAAGGCAUCAAACGCCAGAUACAGAUGAGAGAGUGAGAGACUUACCUCCCAGACAACAAGGUGGAUAUCAACCUUCAAGAGGAGGCCAGGGUGGUUAUCCUAACAGGCGCGGAGGACCUAAUCCCAGGCCCCGAGGUAGACCUGCCGAUGACAGACGGAGGAUGAAUGAUGAUGAAGAUACGUUGCUGGACAGUCACGACAGCGUAGAUAGGGAGUCAGUGUCGAGUGUGGAGGGGAAGCGAGCCCAGCGACCAAUGAGGAGGAGACGAAGACAGACCCGCAGUCACAACCCCUCCCCUACUCCCACCACCAACAAUACAUCACCUCCUAUUACCACCUCAGAAAACGUCACCACAACUACUAACGGAAAUGGCAAUGUAUUUGGUGGUUCAACACAAGAGCAGAAUGCAGAGUCAAGUAAGGAAGGGACACCAGCAGCGCCAGGCUCAGAGGGGCCCAAGGGUCAACGACCCCGUCCCAACAGGAGUGUUCCAACCAAGCGGGCGCCUGACAAGAGCAAAGAGGUCUCCAUGGUCAAUGGAACUUCAGCCUAGUUUCAUAUUGAAUUUUGUUUUUGUUAUUUGGCACGACAGUCUGCAGUAAUGUGAGAGUGGCCAAGUGCUCUGGCGAGCCUACGGCCUCCAACAAACUGAUUAGAUAUGUAAAGAAUUUAUUUAUAAGAAACGGCUCGGAGGCCGGCCCGCUCGCCAGGACGUGUGGUCACCUAGUGCUUCUGGUGAUAUCAGUGCUUCAGGACUACUCGUGAAAAAGAAUCCCGACUUUUGUCAUCGUUUGACCCCCUCUCGACCGAGCUUUGUAAAUACCCUAUUAUGAGAUAGUAUCGGCUUAUCGACUGAUAUUUGUUAUCGUUUUGAACCGGUAGCGUUUUUUUCUUGACGGCUUUGUACUAAUUGAGUUUUAAGCGGCUUUUUAAUUUGGUCUAAUAUAGCUUCUGUGAAGUGAUUAGUCGAGAGGGGGUCCGGUACUCACUGCAUCGUACUGUUAUGUUUGGCUACGAUCCCUCUUCAGGCAAUGUCACUUAUUCACGAUGUGCGAGUUUCACCGAGUUUGUUACAAGACUUUUAUUGAUUUUGUCAUUACUAAUACUGUCAUGGUGUUUUCUCUUCCUUAGCUUUUUUUGUAUACUUAUUUGAUUAAGCUUUAUGAAACUUUUCAUCUAAUGAUGCAGGCUUAGCCUUUCGAUAAUGUCUUCAUUUGUUACAUUUCGCUCCAGAUUUUACUGGUUGUCUUUAGUUUUUGAAGAUUACAAUUAAAACUUUACUACCUACCUUUGUUUUGUGUUUGUGACAUGAUGUAUUAUAACUUUGUAUUAUAUAAGCUACAAGGUUUGGCCAAUAAGACAGAUGUGUUCUCCAAUGGCUUUGCAAUUUUUUGGGAGCUACUCAUUUCUACUGCAUAUUUUAACUUCUUUAAAAAUUACUUUGUAAUUAUAUUUUAAACCACAGUUUACUGACUUCAAUAUUGAUACUGAAGCUACUUACCAUUCAGGACCGUUGUUGAAAUGAAGUCAUGAUUUUAAUUGUCAUCACUGAAAUACUAAUUUUUAAACAGUUUCAUGUUUACAAUGCUAUUUUUCAAGUUGUUUGGAUUUAGUGUUUGCAAGUUAAAGAGAACUCCCAAAAAGAACACACGAGUUAUUAUUAAACACAAAUACCAAGUAGUGUCAAAUGCACUACAAAAGUUGUUUGGUAUAUUUCUACUCAACUAUCUACAUUUCAUUUCCUAGCAUAGGUAUUAAGCUUAAUAAUUAUUACUGAUUUUGUGAAAUCAGUUUAUUGUAAAAAGUUGAUACAGUUUGUCUUUAAUAGAUAUAGAUUAUUUACUACACGAGCUGGUUUUUUCCUUUUUACUUCUUAGUAGUUAUUGAAAUUUAACAGGACUUUAAGUUGAAUUAUGUUUAAAAGUAACCAAGUUUGGCCGUACUCAGUCAUAAUAUUAUCAUUUAAGUGAUCUGUCCUGGUUUGAGCCAUUGAUUCUGGUUGUUCUUCAGGCAUACGAUGUUUCUUUUCAAAUCGAUGGAAACAUGGAAGCAAUAGCUUAGCAAUGAUUCUACAAUCUUACUAUUUGAUGAAAUAUGGUACCUUUUGAGACUUCUGUAUUAAUGGCUCUUAAUGUUUAGUUAUUCAUCCAGUUGGUAUUUCAGGGUUUUUUUUGUUUGAUAAUUCUUCAACUCGCCUAACUUAGACAAAAAAUGAAUAAAAAGAAACAAUUUUGAAUAAGAAUUACAAAUAAUAAACGUUCCCUUUAUAUGUGCUGGUUAUUUUUACUACUACCAUCACAUGUUCUUUCUAAAUUGUAACUAAACCUUAAAAAACAUAAAUUAGCCUACAUAUAAAAAUGUCGAGUUAAGACUAAAUUAAAAAAAACAACAAUGUUUGAUUUGAUGAGCAUUGUAGCACUUUAAAAAGAUACUUAUUUUAACGAGGGAAAUUUCUAUGCUGAAAUGUUUGUAAUUCUUAUAGUCAAAGGUAUUACACUAUUUGAGACGUUGUAUUGUAUUUAUAGUACCAUUCUCGUAAAAUGUGUUAUCUAUCUAUAUAGUGCUACUAGCAGUACCAUACACAUUGUGUAUAUAAUUUAAGAUUCAGGAGCAAUGGAUUGAAUAUUGACUUAAUUAUUAUAUUGUAUAAAGUUCUCCUUUAUCAGAACUAUGGUCUUGAUGGGAAGUAAAGAGGUUAUGAAAGGGAUUUUUAAAAAUUAUUUCAUCAAUAAUUUUUUUUCGCAUUUCUUUGUUAACACAUUUGCUACUGUUAACAAUUUUAAAUUACGGACAGUAAAGGAUUCUUCACUGGUGUAAUUAACACUAAAUUCACCAGUUUUCUGGUGGCAUAUUGCCAUUUUUGGCUUUGUAAAACAGUUAUUUUUUUCAAUUAGUACCUAAAGCAUUCAUCUAGUAAUUUCAAUAUUUAUGCAGUGCUAUGUUUUCUGAUUAGGUUUCAUUUUUUCAACCUUUUGCAUCCAAGUAGUGAAUGCGAUGUGACAAAUCUGGAGUAUUGUGUCACAGUUCCUUGUGUUCUCAAGUGUUGAUUUAGUUUUGUUUUGAAUACUUGCCCAUCAGGCCUUGCAAAAGAGACAUAACGCUACGGAAAUCUCAUGUACAAGUUUUAUUACCACUGUGCAAAUGUAAAAUUUAGAUAGUGUGAAGAGUAAUAGUUGAAAAUUGGCUUUGAAUGUUAAAGUUUCAUUGAAUUGCACAAUGGUAAUAAAAGUUGUGAUGUGAACACUGUGUUGGUGGUAUAGAGACUCAGUGAAGAUACAUGGAGUAUCCCUGCCCUGCCUGUCGUGUAUCAAUACAGUGAAGAGGAUAGGGGACGAACCCCACUCUCGGACCAACAAGUCUCUCAAGGGUCGUCCCCGCUUACCCAACCGUGCUCAGAUAGUUGGACUCGUAGGUUUGUGUUUACAGAAAGAAAGACUUUUUGGUUGUGAAGAAGGAAACGAGCCGAGACACACGAAAGCCCAGGCGUUGACCCCGAAAAAAGUCAAAUCGAUUUUGAUACUAUCCUAUCCCUCGAUCCCAGUCCUCAUCCCUCCCGAUAAAGUUAAGUGAAUUUUUUGUAUUGUUAGAAAGCCCUUGUAAUUGUAUUUAAAAAUGAAGUAAAAUAAGAAACGCA